AUGGAGGCCGGAGUUGCGAGUUAUGCUCGCGGUGCUGUUCCGAACAACAUACUGUCGCGCCCACGCUUAGCUGCACCAUCCUCUGCUCCACUCUUCUCGCGAUCACACAAGAGCCAGGGCACUAAGUCAAGCUCGCUGUUCGGCGAAUCCUUGCGGGUGACGUCGAAGAGGUCGCAGAGGACUUCGAGAGCUGGAGGAGCUGCCGCCCUCGUAACCAAGUGCGAGAUCGGAGACAGUCUGGAGGAGUUCUUGACGAAGGCAACACCGGAUAAGAACCUCAUCAGGCUAAUGAUGUGCAUGGGGGAAGCACUGAGGACCAUCUCCUUCAAAGUCAGGACAGCUUCUUGCAGCGGCACUGCAUGCGUCAACUCGUUUGGCGAUGAGCAACUCGCUGUCGACUUGGUCGCAAACAAGCUCCUCUUUGAGGCUUUGCAAUACUCCCAUGUUUGCAAGUAUGCUUGCUCUGAGGAAGUCCCCGAGUUACAAGACAUGGAUGGACCAGUGGAAGGUGGGUUUAGUGUGGCAUUUGAUCCCCUCGAUGGUUCCAGCAUCGUCGACACCAACUUCACUGUUGGAACGAUAUUUGGUGUCUGGCCUGGUGAUAAGCUGACGGGGGUGACCGGAGGCGAUCAAGUCGCAGCCGCGAUGGGCAUCUUUGGACCUCGGACUACUUAUGUUCUCGCUCUCAAAGAUGUCCCAGGAACCCACGAAUUCCUUCUUCUCGAUGACGGAAAGUGGCAGCAUGUUAAGGACACUACAUCAAUCGGGGAAGGGAAAAUGUUCUCUCCUGGGAAUUUGAGAGCUACUGUUGACAACCCAGACUAUGAUAAGUUGAUCAACUACUACGUAAGAGAGAAGUACACAUUGCGCUACACCGGAGGAAUGGUCCCAGAUGUCAACCAGAUCAUAGUUAAAGAGAAGGGCAUCUUCACCAAUGUGACAUCUCCGACCACUAAAGCGAAAUUGAGGCUUCUCUUCGAAGUGGCUCCCCUGGGGUUCUUGAUUGAGAAGGCGGGAGGGUACAGCAGCGACGGCAAGCAAUCUGUGCUCGACAAGGUGAUCAACAAUCUCGACGAGCGAACUCAAGUCGCUUAUGGCUCCAAGAACGAGAUCAUCCGGUUCGAGGAGACUCUCUACGGUUCAUCCCGGCUCAAGGCGGGAACGCCAGUGGGGGCUGCUGCCUAGACUGGCUUAUGAUCAUGUAAAAAGGUCCUCUCGUUAUCGACAUCACGCUGCUUAAUUUUCAGUAUGUCAAAUUGGAUGCAACCAUUUCAAGGUCCGAAUUUUUAUCGAUGUGACCAAAAGGGUGGACCAAAGUCGGAGUUUGUAAUAGGUAAAGCUCUCCUCGAAUGCAAUUUCAAAGUACGUUUGUAGCAAGCACGUUUCUUUCUUUCUGGUGCUCAACAUAUGUGAUAUUCCGACAAAUAUUUUGAUAUCAUGGUAUACCAUAUUUUGCACAUCUAUGGAGUGGUAAAGAGAAUGUUGGACUUUUUACCUAAA